GUCUUUUACAGUAGAACUGCACUCCACACAUGUGCUUCCAGGCUGCUGGGAUAAUGGAGAAAUAACUCAAGGAAAGAUGGCACAGGCUUGUCAGAGACAUGAAAGAGCAAACAGACUGAGGGAAGAACUGAGCUGCAUGCUGGUUGGCGAUGGAGCUGUGGGGAAGACCAGCAUGAUUAUCAGCUACAUCUUCAAUGGAUACAACAGCGAAUACAGGCAAACAGCUUUUGAUGUUUUCACUGGUUUGGUUCACGUGAAUGGCAUCCCAACUCGUAUCAAACUGAUAGAUACAGCUGGGCAGGAGGAGUUUGGCCAUCUCCGCUCUCUGUGCUAUGCCCACGUGGAUGUCUUCAUCCUCUGCUUCAGCCUGGUCAACCCUGUCUCCUUUGACAACAUCACCUCCAAAUGGAUCCCACAGAUCCGUGCCAGCAACCCGACCUCUCCCAUUGUUCUGGUUGGAACUCAGUCAGACCUUCGACACAACGUGGACAUCCUUAUUCAUCUGGACCAGUGGAGCACCAAACCAGUGCACUUCAGCCGGGCCAGAGGGCUGGCACACAGGAUCAGAGCUCAUGACUAUGUGGAGUGUUCGGCUCUGACACAACACAACCUCAAAGAAGUGUUUGACUCUGCUGUAUCUGCUGCCAUUAAGCACAAGCACAGUGGAACUAAAUCUAAAAAGCUCAGCCUGCUUAAACGCUUAAAGACUUCCUGUGAUUGUGGAUGGAGGAAAAUCUUCAGAUACAUCUGAUGUGGAGUCAAAGAGUGGAUUGAAUGUAAUCAGCUUGUCGGACACUGUUCUCAGAUUUUUAUGACAAACUAUGCAUUUUUAUUCAAAUAUCUCUCUGCAAAAUGUGGAUUGUGCACUAAAAGAACAGGACUUAAACCUGCGUUGACAUCCAUGCUUAA